AUGAGCUUUGAUGCACUGCAUCACCUUGUCCCACCUGAGUCGACAUUCCAAGUGACCCUGGAAAAGACGGCCCAAGGCCCGGGGGUGAGCGUGACUGGGGGGAGGGAGGCGAGGAACCACCGCUUGAGAGGAUUUGCCUGGAUCAAGAAGGUAUUUCCAAUGACCCUGGCAUGGGAGCAGGGGAUCCUUGCCCUUGGUGACACCAUCCUCAAGGCUAAUGAAAUCCCAUUGAUUUGGCUCACAACAACGCUGAUGGUGUAUUGCCUUCCAUAUCACUUUUCUCCACUUUUGUCAUCAAGUGAGACAGAUCCCUUGUCACUCUCUCUGAGUCAGAAGCAGUCUCCAUCGGGUCUCCUCGCCGUUUGGGAUGCAAGCACAGACAGCCCAACACCAGAGAUGUUUGGUUCUCCACCUCACCCAACAAGCCUUGACCUGGCAUCCCUUUCUUCGUGGUCAUCCAGCCUUUGCCGGCAGCAGUUCAUCGUUCCAUCCCUGGUCCUUGGUGACAGCCCAGAUCAAAGCCUUGCCUCUUUGCCACCAGAGAUUGAGCCUGCUAAGAAGUUUCAACGAAACCAUGAGUACAUGUCGGCCAACUGGAACGAGAGGAGCCGAGGGGGUAAGACCAGUGAUGGGGAUAUGGGACUCCUCAAGUGGAGAGGGACUGUCUUCAAUGAACCUGAUGAUCACAAUGACAGGCCCAAUGAUGCUGAAGAAGAUGUAGCUGAGAUAGGGAUCUCUCCCAGUGACCACGGAAAGACAAAAACAACCGUCUACAAAGUCCACCUUGACGUGGUACCGACCUUGUCAUCCGACCCCAAACCCCAAAUCAUAACCGUUCUGGUCAAUGGAGAGGACGUAUCCGGGCAGGAGACGGAAGCUGUGAUAGGUCUGUUGCAUAAGCUGAGGGGCCACAUCCACAUGGUGCUCUACCGACUGCAGACAGGCCUUCACUUCGUGACCUUUUGCACCUCUGCCUUCCACUGUGUCUCGUCCGCGAUGAAAAUUGGGAUAGUCUUCCUCCUAUGUCCGUCCGAUCGACCCCGAAUAAGACCUCUAAAGCUCAACCUUGCCACCUCCAAAAACAUCGAGAUCAACCAGAUCAUCAGCUCCUGCUACCUUGUAGACGGCGAUCUGAUUGAGCCGAACCACCGUGCCUUCGCAGCUGCCAUUACCAUCCAUCAGAAAUGGCAAGGACCAGAAAAGCCGACCCCGAAAUCUGGGAAGGGCCCUUCCUCGAUUCCACCUCGGAAGAGGCGCCUCCAAAGUCGGAUCGAUGCAGCAAGGCAAGACCUUAGCACCCUUCAAGAGAUCAAAAAGGGGAUCACAUCCUGGAAAGUGAAACUGACCUACAGGCAGCUGUCCCCCAAGUACAAGAUCACCUCUGAAGCCGAUCUCCCGACCGCCAUAGAGAACGUGAAGAUGAAGAUCCAAGUUUGGGUCCUCAGGAUAAGGCGGUACACGAAAAGGGUCAAUUACUUCCGGCAUAACGAGCGCUUCACAAACAACCAGAAGCUAUUCUAUCCGGAACUGGGAGUGAAAUCCAUAGAAGUGAAAAAGAUCCCUGGCAAGGCACAACUGGAAGAAUUCUGGUCAAAGAUCAUGGAGUACCCGGUGAGCCACAACGUCAAUGCCAUAUGGCUCCAACUUCAGAGGGAGUCACCAGACAUUCCCGAAAUGAGUGACCGCCAGAUUACAGCAUCUGAUUUGAAGAAGGCGCUCAAACAAACAGCGAACUCCGGGGCACGACCGUCAUCCGAACUUCUGGCUGAAGCAGUUGACAUUGCUACAUGA